CAACGGUGUAAGUCUGAUCGGGCCGGUUACGGGUUCACAGCAUCGGACCGAUUUCCGCGGAUAUCGUACGAUGGUUUUUAUGUGUAGUGUCUGGUUCUCUAAGCCCACUGAAUUCACUCCCUGUUACAACCCUAACCCUUAUUUCAUCACUUCACAACUCGGACAUGGGUUUGCUUUUCUGGAGAAAGCCGAAAGAAGCCGUUCCUUCUACCAAAGAAAACCCCAACCAGAACGAGAAAAAGCCUUCAGAUUCUAACCACUCAUCUGAACAAGCCGAGGAGCCUUCGAUCUUGGAUGGAGUUGUGGAAGAGGUGAGAAGGCCUCUUGAUGCUACAGUUUUUGAGUUUGGUUCAGUGGCUGCUUCUGCUGAUAAAGUAACUCUUGCGGGUUUUUGUCCUGUUUCUGAUGAGCUUGAGCCAUGUAGAUGGAAAAUAUUACCUUCUUCAAGCAAUGAUGCUCCUCAGUUUAGGGUAGUUUUUUAAUAAUAUCAGUGAAGAAGAAGAUAUGAAGAUAUGACUUGUUUAAUGGUUUUAUUAGAGAAUGAAGUUAUAGUGGUUUGGAAUGCUGGAAAUAGUUAUAGUGGAUGGAUAAUUUUGGGCACUUUGCUUGAGCUUUUGAAAUUGUGAUCUUAAUCUUAUGCUACUUGCUUGGUGUAAGUUGUUGAUUCUUAUUGUGUUUUAUUGAUUCC